UAGGAAACGCGAUUAUUUCCAUCAGAUAAGGAGUGGUCGUCUCUCACUAACCGCACAGACAAGUUCGUACCGGUGGACGAGCGAAGGCUAAGCCCAGCCAACCCAACCCAACCCAAGCCCAGUCAGGCCUGAGCGAAGGAUCAGCGAAAGACCAGCAACGCUAAGGUAAGCCCCCGCCCGACGAAAGAAAAAAUAAUCAAGCUCCAAAUCAGGAUCGAGGUCAGCCAACUUAAUUAUUCUAAGACAGGCCGAGCUAACCAUAGUAAAUAGAUGAGGAGGGACGAUCCGAAACAAGGCCAGAAGCAAAGGAAUUAUGAAGGAGGGAAGAUAUUGUUCAGAGUGCAGGUUUGAGCUUUCUGCAGAUCGACGAAGCGAGCACAUUACUGCGCCGCACGAUGCAACAAAUCGAUGCAAUGAGGCGGAAAUAUUCGCAUAUGCCCGAUUCGAGGAGCAAGCGUAGAUACCGAGUGUGGUAGCGGAGCUGAUUUGCGCGGAGUAAAUAAUCGCCAUGUUCUUCUGAGAGAGGAGCAGGAGUCGAGGUUGGACAUGACGCGCACGGGCAGAGGACCGGGAAGCAGAAGGUGUGGUUGAUGUCAGCAUCGAGCAAGAAAGAAAGAGAGAGAGAGAGAGAGAGAGAGAGAGGGGAAGCGAGAAUCGUCGUGAAUCGAACUUAUCUGAAUUGUUCGGACGUUUUUUUAACACGGAGAAUGUGCGAUAAGAGGAGCAUGGCGGGAUGUGGUCGAGUCUUGAGGGUAUGAGGAUUGCCGGAGGGCUUAUGGCUGCGGUAGGGGAUGAGACGCUUCAUGUCGUGGCCGCCGUGUGGCGAGAAUUGUGAUGGCUACGUGAGAGGUUCUAUUUUGCUAGAAGUGCGUGUUCAGGAGGCGUGUGGAGAUGCAUUUUGAUUCUCGUGCUGGUGAAUUAUGUGACCCCUGGUGGAGUUGAGCGAGAAGGAUUCUUGGCUUUCACAAUGGUCGGGAUUUUAGUGCACUCUGUGCCCGUAUGGCGGAGCUCGGAUGGACUUCUGAGUCCAGCUGCUUGUUGCUCUCCCUUGCAGAGUCGCAGCUCCACUAGGUUACUGCUGAGGAAGACCCAAGGCCACAAGAUUCUUUCAAGUAGAUACGGUCUUUGGAGGGAGGGCAGGCUCUUGCACGCUUCCAUAUCACCGUUAGAUUUUUCUGAGGGGACAAUGGUUUACGUAGGCGACACCUUAUUUUCUUCGUCUUCGAUUUUUUUACACUCGUCCGGGCAUCGGUGGAGAAACAAGAUGAAUUUUGUCUGUGCUGCUCGUGCAGCGACGAGGAUUGAGGGAACGAGAUUCAACAGAAAUUGUGGAGGUUCAGUCAGGAGUAUGUCAUGGUACUCUGAGACACUAGCGGAUCUUGUAGGAGGGUCACCAGCCUCACUACAAUUUUUGAACCAGUAUAGGAAGCCGAGUCUUAUCUCUCGGACUAUGCUUCGAUCCUCCAAUCAGCAAUUCGAGACUUCUACAGAUGGCUUUUCAAAACCUUCACAACCAUCAUUAUUAUCGUCUAGAAAUUCAGGAAAGAAACCUGAUAUAGAAAGCUCUCAGGGUUCUGGAAAAUUGCCCUCUGCAGCUAGAUCUACUCGCAGCGAGGCGCCACUUAAGGGAAGUAAUAGGAGUAGCAUGGAGAGCGGCAGUCAUCUUCACAAUUCCGAGCUCAUUGAAGGGCAAGAAUUUAGUCGGGUGUCACCGAAAGCUUCGAAAUCCGAAGGCAAUCUCCCUAGGUCCUCAAAACAGUCAUCUAGAUCAUCUGAAAGUGUUCUGGAAGGAACGAAUUCUUAUCAUAGGAAGUCAUCAGAAAAUGCUCCGUCUCCUAGAGCCCCCUACUUCAAAACUAAUAGUGCAUCUUACAAGGCGCAGAUCCUACAAGCGGCUAAGAACAAGAAGCAAGCAGCCACAAGUUUUACUAGUGUAUUGCCUAGUGCGAAGGAAACUCCUUCUAAUAAGGGUUCUGCAACAAAUUCUAGAAAUAGUCAGAGGUCAGUGUCUUCCUCGAAAAACUCUCAAAACCCCCCAAGUAUGUUAAAUAGGUAUAGGAGAACACCUUUUCCCUCAGAAACUCCAGAAUCGAAGUCAUCUAGGGGCACCGAGCAAUUAGUUGUUGCAGACAAUAAUGGACGGUUACCUAAUUCGGGAUAUUUUUCAGCAACUAGUGAUUCGUCAGUUGUGGGCAUUACUGUUUCCUCGUCUCCAGGUCUUCCAGCUACUGGCAUUUCAUCUCCGGAUUUGGUAUGGCCAGGGACCUCGGCUGAUUCCCUUGAUAGCAAAAAUAUCGCAGCUGAAAGAACAGAUCUUUCAUCGGCUUCGGAACACAUAGCUUCCAAUCCGUCAACUGUCCGACGUAAUUCAAGGAAAGAAUCUGGCUCAGCAGUUACAGGAACUGAGUCACUUGAUCGCCUUCAUCAGCAGUUGGAGGAUCAAUCAAAGGGAAGUGGCAGCAAGGCCAUCCUUCAGAAGCCGUUGGGAGCUGAAGAAGCGAAUAGGUUAAAGGAUCGGCUGAUUGCGCAGAAACGUAAAGGCAUGCAGGCCAUACAACAAAAAAUCUCACAAGGCAGACAGUCUCGUGGUGAUGACGACGAAUUCUCCUGUUCUGUUGACCCUGAUACCCUGAUACUUGGGGAGUAUGUAGUACACAAGAGAGUCGGCGUUGGGAAGUUUAUUGGAUUGAAGUUUGAGGUUCCACCAGGUAAAGAGAGGCCAGCGAAGUACAUCUAUCUCAAGUACGCGGAUGGAAUUGCGAAAUUAAAAGCAAAACAAGCGCAACGUCUUCUUUACCGAUAUCAUCUUCCAGGAGAGACAGGAAGGGCGCCAACUCUGAGCAAGCUGAAGGAUCCGAGCUUAUGGGAGAAGAGAAAAAGCAAGGGGAAAAUUGCAAUACAAAAGUUGGUAGUAAAUAUGAUGGAGUUGUAUAUCCAUAGGCUCAAGCAGUCUCGACCUCCCUAUCCCGUGAAUUCUCCUGCAAUGGCGGCAUUUGCGGCAAAGUUUCCUCACGUACCCACACCAGACCAGCAGCAGGCUUUUAUAGAUGUGGAAAAAGACAUGACAGAGCGUGACCUUCCCAUGGACAGACUAAUAUGUGGAGAUGUUGGGUUCGGGAAGACAGAAGUAGCUUUACGAGCUAUAUUGAUUGCUGUGAUAGCAGGCAAGCAAGUUAUGGUGUUAACGCCUUCAACCGUUUUAGCCAAGCAACAUUUUGAAACUAUUCGAGAUCGGUUUGCAGGUUUUCUCGGAAUCAAGGUGGCCCUGCUGUGUAGAUUUCAGAAAGAGACAGAAAAGAAGGAUUUAAUAGUCGGGAUUCAUGAUGGAAGCCUAAGUAUCGUUGUUGGUACACAUGCCCUUCUUGGCAAUCAAAUUAAAUACAACAACCUAGGGCUUCUGGUCAUCGACGAGGAGCAGAGGUUCGGGGUGAAACAAAAGGAAAAAAUUACCUGCCUCAAAACCACUGUAGACGUUCUUACACUUUCGGCUACUCCAAUUCCACGCACUCUUUACCUGGCCAUGAGUGGAUUCAGAGAUGCGAGUCUUUUGACAACACCACCACCAGAGAGACGGCCAAUUCAAACACACUUGUUGGAAUACAAUCAAGAAACGGCAAGAAAAGCUAUACAGUUCGAGCUAGAUCGAGGAGGCCAGGUGUUUUACGUCGUGCCUCGAGUCAAAGGAAUCGAGGAGUUGCAGGAUCUCGUGCAAGGACAAUUUCCGGAUAUCAAAGUGGCUAUCGCCCACGGAAAGCAAUCGGCUUCUGCGCUAGAGGAAGCAAUGGAGAACUUUUGUGAAGGAGAGACGAAGAUUCUUCUUUGCACCAACAUAAUAGAAAGUGGCCUUGACAUCCGGAUGGUGAAUACUAUCAUUGUCGAAGAUGUCCAUCUCUUUGGGCUCGCACAGCUUUAUCAGCUUCGCGGCAGGGUAGGUAGAGCUCAACGAGAAGCUCAUGCGUAUCUCUUCCAUCCGCACAAGUCCUUACUCACUGAUGAAGCUUUGGAACGAUUGGUGGCUCUCGAAGACUGCUGUGACCUCGGCCAAGGAUUUCAACUAGCGGAACGUGAUAUGGCUAUCAGAGGAAUUGGAAGCUUGUUUGGAGAACAGCAGAGUGGCGAUGCAGCCAAAAUCGGCAUUGAUCUCUACUUUGAAAUGCUUCUGGAAGGUCUCUCGAAGGUGGACAACCAACGGCUACCUCAAGUCGAUUAUGACGAUGUCCAGUUGGAACUUGGAUUGGACGUGCACAUACCGAGUGAAUAUAUCAAAAGAAGUGAAGAACGUGAGGACGUUUUGAAGGCUGCAGAACGGGCAGCCAAAGAAUCUUUACGCAGUUUGAUGGUCUUCACUAAUCGUUUACGAGAUAAUUUUGGCAAGGAACCAGCAGCAAUGGAGAUGCUACUGAAGAUGUUAUACGUGCGAAGAAUGGCUGCAGACCUUGGAAUACAUCGCAUUCGAAUCCGUGGGUUAUCUGUCAUCAUGGAAACGAACAUGAGUUCUGAAGCUUUUGAAAUGAUUGCUAGCUCAAUUACGUCGGAGUCCGUACGGUCAUCUUUGACCUUCGAUACUGGUCAUAUCGAGAUGCAGGGUCUUAUUGGACUGCCGCAAGAACGGCAGCUGGAACGAGUAUUCUGUUGUUUGGUUGAUAUGGUCAAUAGCCUCCCUUCGUUUGUAAAAUACAUCUAAUCAAUAUUUCAAAAGAAUGGAGAGAAGAUUCUGAGUACAAUACAGUCUAGAAGUACAUUCUUGGGCAGUCAGUUUAUUCUUCUACACUGGACUUGCUGUGUUCCUGGCAAUUUUAUCUAUGCCAGUUCGCGCGUCUGGUAUUCUGUACAGUACAAGAGCAUUUUGCUGGCACCCAAUGUACAUGCCGUUGCUAAUUCUACGCAGUGGCGAUUCGUUUGAUGAGUUCUAUGACAGGCUACAGAUGAGUGUCACCUUGUUUGUCUCUCUGCGUCUGACAUCUCAUUUUUUGGGAGUUAUUAAUCCGAGGUUCUAACCUUGGUCUCAGAAGCCCAAGGUUGUCAGAGCAAGAAUCACUACGAGUUUUUAUUACGAAGAAUGCCCAAAAGAUUAUCCGACAGUUUUGGUUGUGGUUGGAACCCGGCCUCUCAUUGCCGUGCCAUCUCAGUGCAUAAAGAUAUGUAAAACAUCAGUACAUUUUUUAGAGUAAACAUAAUGAUAGAUUGGGACGUGAACGUACAGGUGAAUAUCUACGGCACGAGCGAUGAUUUUCAUUCUGGAAUAAAGUCUAAGUGAGCGAGGCUGGGGAAUGA